AGGAGCCCUUUGGCCGACCAGUUGAUGGAUACGUCGGAAACCGACCAGAAACCCCUCGUGAGGCGCCCUGAGGAGCCUGAUGACCUCUCUUUGUCCACCCCCUCAGAUCGCCACUUGGGAGAGUCACCGGUGGACAAGGCAAAUGGAAAAGAUGGCGCUCAGGAGCUCGACGAUGCCUUUCUAGAGGCCUUUAAGAACUUGCGCGUCAGCUGUUUUUACUGCUAUCCAAGAGACAGAUCUGAAACCGAAAAUCACAAAAUGGAAGAAUGAAACAGCUCAGACUCCCUUAUGGUAGCAGUUAUGGCGUCCAUUUUACAGGCGGCUGUAAAAGAUCAUGUUAAACCAGGCAAUUAAUAAAAUAAAAGGCGAUCACGUGAGACUAUCUAAAACCAAAGGCGCUUUUGAAAAAGGUUAUGAACAGACGUUUACCGAUGAGAUAUUCAUAGUGGAUGAAGCCUUAACCAGGGGCCGAAGACCUGUAUACCGAUUAAAAGAUUACGAAGGUGAGGCAGUUACUGGAUCUUUUUACCCUGAAGAGUUACAAAAAGUAAACCCCAAACGAGACAGGAUUUACAGGAUUGAAAAAAUUCUAGCGGAGAAAGGAAAAGGGAGAAAAAAACACUUACUGGUAAAAUGGUUGGGUUGGCCUGAUAAGUUUAACAGCUGGGUGGAAGCUUCUCAACUCUGUGACAUUUAGACACAAAACAAAGAGAAAAAAAAAAACAAAAAACCAAUUCCUCCUGCAAAGACAGAUAGAAGAAAAAAUAAUAAUGAGCGACGGCGGGUUUUACAUCACUUUGCCCAGCAAUGCCAGCUCUGCAGUUUUUCCCCAAAACACCAUCUCGAACUUUACAAUACGGCUAAUUAAGCCCUUGGAUCUCCCGGGUGCCUGGGAGGUGGGGUUAGUGGAAAUACAAUACCCACACAGCUGGAACACUAUCAAUGAAGACACCCCUUUUGAAAUUACCUUUGAAGAUAUGAAGUGGAAUUUCAUCCUACGACGAGGUUAUUACUCGACCAUACCUGAAUUACUGGAGCAUAUGAACAGCACCAUGGCUCGUCACCAAGGACCGCCUGAGAUGGUCAUGAACUACGACCCUGUAGGUAGAAAAGUGAGACUUAAAUCUACCAAUUUUAACUACGGGUUUUCUACUGGCGGGGAACUAGCUAACAUUUUGGGUUUGGGCCCAAAACGCAACGUCCAAAAAUUUCCCUUCUCAGCAGACAUUACAGGGGGUUUUAACUCCUUGUAUCUGUACACGGAUAUUGUAGAACACCAGUUUGUGGGGGACUUUUCUGUUCCCCUGUUACGCUGCGUCCCUGUCCAAGGAAGGAACAAUGAGUUUGUUACCAUCACCUAUGAUAAACCUCAUUACGUUCCUGUUAGUAAACACCACAUCGACACCAUUACCAUUGAAAUAAAGACAGAUCAGAACAGACAUGUCUCAUUUCGCUUCGGCAAGGUGAUCAUCAAGCUGCAUUUGCGACCGCGGAGAGAGCGAGGUUUCUAAAAAGCAAAAAAAAAAAAACACUAUUAUGGCGAUCCUAAAAAAUUAUGGCGACCCCACCAUCUACAGGAACUAUUACAAAGCCCAGGCUGGAUACGCCCUUCCUGGAUAUCAUGGGGCCCCCGUGAUGUACGGGGCUGGUGUGGGUGGAAUAUUUCGUAGCCUCUUUCGAAAAGCUGUACCGCUUUUGAGGAGGGGGCUAGAGAUUAUUAAGCCCCACGUAAAAACCGCCGCUCAAAACAUAGCUAAAGAUGUGGUAGGUCAUGUCUCCCGUGCUGUUCUGGAGAAGGUGGGGAAUACAGCUUCACAGGAAGGAUCGGGGCUGAUGUACAUUAAAAGGAGGAAGAAAAGAAAGAGAAAUACGUCAUACCCGCGACGCACAGGUCCCCCAAAACCUUUUAAAAGAAGGGCUUUGACACGCAGAGCCGGCCAUAAACGAAAGUCCAAGAAGCAGCCUGGGCAAAAGAGGAGACGCGCUCUGCUUGGUAAAAGAGACAUAUUUUAAUCAAUAUGGCUUUUGUUCACUGCGGGUCUGAAGAGUGCACCAAAUCCGAACUAGACUUGUUUCAAAUAGCCCCUACGCAGACCAGCAUCGAGAAAAGCAUUUACAUCGAGGUGCCACCUCUAUCGGCCGUUACGGAGUCUGCCCCCAUUGACUUUUUUAUAGCAGGGAAUGGCAUAGAUUAUAUGGAUUUAAACAACACGCUGCUUUACCUGUGUUGCAAGAUUGUAAAAGGAGACGGAACUGAACUUGCUGCGGACGCUGAAGUGGGCCUGGUGAAUUACCCCGUGGCCUCUAUUUUCAGUCAGUUGGAUGUUACGCUGGGAGACCGCCUUGUAAGCCAAAGCAACAACUGUUACCCUUACAGGGCCUUUAUAGAAUCAGUGCUCAAUUACAGCGAUGACACCCUCGCCACGCAAUUUUCUGCCGGCCUGUUUUACAAAGACACUGCUGGACAACAUGAAAAAACAGAGUUGGAUGGAGAGAAUCUAGGGUUUGUGAAGCGUGCAAAGCUGACAGCCCAGAGCAGAACGGUAGAGCUGCUGGGCCAUCUACACAGUGACCUGUUUUUUCAAGAAAAACUUUUGUUAAACGGAGUGGAUGUGAAAAUUAAACUGACACGCAGUAAAGACGCCUUCUGUUUAAUGGGCAGUGCGGCUGAAGGCUUUAAACUGCGCAUUGUAUCAGCGUCCCUUUUUGUGAAGAAAGUACGGGUGGCCCCGGGUGUCCGUUUGGGGCAUGCAGAGGCCCUGCUUGCCGCUAAUGCUAAAUACCCCGUGGACCGUGUGGGAAUGAAAGUGUUUAGCAUCCCUGCAGGCAGCAGGGUCAGUAACCAGGAAAACCUGUUCUUGGGACAGUUACCCAAAAUGCUUGUCCUAGGAUUUGUGGAUAACGAUGCCUUUAGCGGCAGUUACACUAAAAAUCCCUUUCAUUUUAAACAUUACGAUAUUAAUUUUGUGGCCCUGUAUGUGGAUGGUGAACAGGUACCGACCAAGCCUCUGCAACCGGACUUCGAGGCAGGACGCUGCGUGAGAGAAUACAUGAAUCUGGUACAGACAGCUGGUAAACACAUGAAAGAUCGUUCUCUGUUAAUCGACCGUGAGGAGUUUGCACAGGGUUACACCUUGUUUGCCUUUGACCUGUCUCCCGACCAGGAAUGCGCAGAUCACUAUUCCCUGAUUAAAACUGGGAACCUGAGAGCAGAAAUACGGUUUGGAAAGGCUUUAACGGUUACCGUCAAUAUGAUUGUGUAUGGAGUUUUUGACAAUGUCAUAGAAAUAAAUCAGAGAAGAAACGUUCUGUUUGACUACAUGUGAACAUGGACACCGUGCAGCUCUCACGUGUCUUAUCAACGGAUCCUUACACAAAAAAGAAUUUUUUAGAUGUGUUCCCUUGUGAUUGGCUCCCUGGAAGCAAGCUGUCUCAGAGGCCCGUAGGUUUGGUGGUGAACACGCAUCCACACAACCAACCGGGUGAACACUGGCUCGCCCUGUAUCUGGCGGAGCAUAACCGUGGAGAGUUUUUUGACUCAUAUGGGCAACCCCCGAACAGCGUGUUGUUUCCUAAAAGCAUUAUGAAAUUUUUAAACAAAAAUGCCACAGACAUGGUGUUUCAUAAUAGACAAUUACA